AUGAGUGCAGAUAAUUCAAAUACUGAAAACACAGUAGCUACUAAGUUUGAUCACUCUCACCCCUAUUAUCUUAAUGCUUCAGAUUCACCUGGAAUGAAUCUCAUCAACACCAUUUUUUAUGGUAGAGGAUUUCCAGGAUGGAGAAGAUCUGUUUUAAUAUCUUUAUCAGCCAAAAAGAAAUUUGGCUUUAUCAAUGGAGAUUUCAGACCACCAGAUCUGAAUCAUGUGGACUAUGAACAAUGGGCCUGUUGCAAUAACAUGGUCAUUACUUGGUUGAUGAAUUCCUUAACAAAAAACAUUAAAGACAGUGUAAUGUACUCCAAAACAACAAGGGAACUUUGGGAAAGUUUGGAGAGCAGAUUUGGGAAAACUAAUGGUGCAAAAUUAUAUCAUCUGCAAAAGGAACUCUCAGGAUUAACUUAA